AUGGAGAAUUCUUUUAAUAUUAUAGAAGACGAAAAUGUUAACGAAAAAUACUCUAGUUUUUGUUCUUCUUGCAAUUCUCUCUUCCAAUCUAUAUGUAGUAUCGGAAUACCAUCUUUUCAUGAAUUAAAUGAUGAAAAUAAUAUAAUAUCACAAAUUGAAAAAGAUGAAGACAUUAUAGAACAUAUCGAUACGAUAACUGAAGAAACUGGGAAUGUAAAUGAAUAUACGUCGGAUAUUAAAGAAAAAACUUUUGUUAAAAAUAACAACAAUCCUACUAAAAAUUCGGUGAUACCAAUGGAACUGCAUACAUAUAGAAAACAAGAAACUAACAAUAAUAAUGACAACAAAACCGACUACUCUGUAACUAAAAAGAUAAAAUAUAUCGAAUUAUUACGUAAAGAUUCUAAAAGAAAAGAGAAUUAUAUUACCUUAUCUGAUGAUAAAAAUAAACCUUUCAUAUUGGCGAAAAAUAAUUUGGAUGAUAGAUUUAAUUGUGAAAUGCCAAAAACAAAAAUAUUAAAACUUACAAAGAAAAAUUCAUCAAUAAAAUAUGUAUCAUCUAGUAAUGAUGAUUAUAUUAUAAAAGAUAUUCUAGGUCAUCGUAAAAAGAUACUAAAAGCUAUGAAAUCAAUAUUAUAUCUUUGGUAA